AUGGCCAGCCGAUUGAGCAGGAUUUUUUACGCAUCUGCUUAUCAGAUGUCGAGAUCUAUUUCGUAUGUAAAUUAUUUUAACAAAGUAUCACCAAAAAGUGUUCCUAUUGUAAGUGGCAAGUUUCAGUAUUUUGCUGCUCCUAGAUUCCUUUCGCAACAGACAGAGCAUAUGAUAGUUGAGUAUGACCAUGUGAAAAAGGCAACUUCUGAUGAUAAAGUAUACAUAAUAGAUGUAAGGGAACCCGAGGAAGUUAAGGAACAUGGUAAAAUACCCAACAGUGUCAAUAUCCCAUUGGGUUCAGUUUCGACCGUACUGGGUCCAAUGUCUGAUAAAGAAUUUGAAAAAACAUACAAUAGAUCAAAGCCUUCAGAAGAUGCUGAAAUUAUUUUCUAUUGUAUGAUAGGAAAAAGGUCUGGAAUGGCACAACAGAAUGCUCUAAAUCUUGGUUAUAAAAAGUGA